AAUACAUUUGUCUCGUUUUCACAAAUGAAGCCAUUUUUUAAAAAUCUCGUUCGUGCUGUCCCACGAAAACAACGAGAAUAUUUUAUGGAUUGAAGAAGAAAACGCAUUAGGUAGGAACAUAAAUCCAGAAGAUGAAUAUUCUACCAAAGAAAAGGUGGCAUGUUCGUAAUAAGGAUAAUGUUGCAAGAGUUAGAAGAGAUGAACAGCUAGCUAAAGAAGAAGCAGAGGAAGCAGAGAGAAGAAGAGAUCUUUCGGAAAAAGAAGCUAGACUUGAAAUAUUGAGAAAAAGACUGGUGCAAGAAAAAGGAGACAGUUCAUUGGAAGGCUCAUUUGAAAAUUCUACUCAUUUAAAUCUUUUCAGAGAAAUAGAAGAAGGGUCAAAAGGAGCAAAAGUUGGAAACAAAGAAUAUGAAAAAGAGAAAAAGGAGCAGCAAGAGUCAUUUGAGAAAAAAAUCGGUUUAUUGACAUAUUUGGGGCAAUCUGUUACUAAAGAUGAAAGUCCAUGGUAUCUAAAAACUGAAACAGGAAAAAAGAGAGACAAUUCACUUGAAACUUUGGAUCGGGUCGAGGAAAAGAAAAAAAGAAAAUUAGACCCUAUGGUAGAAGUUGAAAAAUAUUUAAAAGCAAAGACGAAGAAAAAGACUGAAGAUAAACAUAAGAAGCACAAAAGAAAGUAUAAAGAGAUUGAAAAGGCAUCAGCUGCGCCUCCUUCUUCAUCCAUUGAAUUACUCCGUUCAAAGAGGCUGAAGAGAGAGAAAGAAGAGAGGGCAAGAGCUAAUCAGCUGACGAGGGAAAAAACUGGAAAGUCUGAUCUGCUUCAAAGAGACAGCUAUGAUCCGUCAAGGUAUUCAUCGCAAUAUAACCCAGAAUUUGUGAGAAAACCAAAGACUUUUGCAAGUAGGCGGUAGUCACUGUCGUGGUGCAGACGGCAAAAACAGAAUGACGUCUUUGAAUGAUAGCACUGACCACGUAUCUUUACGGCCAGAUGUCCGUGUGCCACGAACGCACCAUUGCAUCACCACUUUUGAAUGUGCAGGUGUAUACCAUAGCAGACAUGACGGUACUGGUAUUUCAAAGACUGGCAAACAUAAAUUGUGUUAUUGGGAGUUGUGCCUGAACUCACAGGAUAUAUGAAGAUCUGCAGUUUUAAUAAGUUGAGACACUGUCACGGUGACAGUUAAAAACUUGCCAAGGCAGGUGCAAUGAGAUAUUUUGGUAACUUUGCAAAGUUUUGAUAUUAAAAGAUGGAAUGAGUUACAAUUAUUUCACAAAUGAGAAUCAGUGUCAUUUAAUUUUCACGACUUUUGCAAGGUGUAAGCCCGUUCAAAAACCUUUUUAAAAGUCUUAUUUGAGGUUAAGUUUCCACCUAUAAUUUGUCUCUAUAUUAAAAGUCAAAUGUCAAGUUCGGUCGAAUUCAGGGAUGUAAUAUAUAUUUCAUUCGUGAGCGAGAAAAUAUUGCUUCCAGCUUCGAAAGCACAAAAAUGUCAUAAGGCCGUCACCUAGAAAGUAAUGAGGUACAUUUUCGUGGGCCCUUUCUUCCAUAAUUGGACUGAAUUAAGCCAUAAUAAUCUUAAUAUUGCUGCUCUUCCCCCCAUUCAAAAUAUUUUAUGGAUAGAAUUAUGGUCAAUGUUUCUAGUUAUAUCUUUUAUUGGAGCAGAAAUCAAGAAACACGUAAUGUUGGGUAUGCAAAUUAUGCAAAGAAAAGAUCAGAAAAGUAAAUAUCGAUUAGUUAGGACGUUAAAACUACAUGACCUUGAAUUGUUUUUAAAUACCUUUGUAUGCUACUAGAAACGUUCGAAGAACUUCCCAGGUAAAUUGGCGAAGAUCCCCGCAAAGUACGUAGCUGCAUGCAAGUUAGUUUCACUGUUUAAUCCAGGUUGCUGUUAAAACGCCAUAUCGCAAAGGCCCAUGUGGUCACUCAAAGAAAAUAUUAUGUACCAGCAUGUGGUCACUCAUACCAAACCAAGGUUUGGGUUUGGAUACGAAUUAGCGUUAAAGAGGUACGUAACUUUAGUAUCGAGAAUCAUGUAGUUCUAUUGGUCAAUGCAGAGGCGCCGGAAGCUUCAUGAUGCGGCGGGGUCAGGAACUGCAGAUAGGGCACCGCCCAUAAUGAUACGUUUGAAUAAAGACUACAGUCAAAUUUAAUUCUCGAAAUUUCUUUCACCACAACAUCAACCAUCAAGGGAGGCUGGACCCAAUCCUACUUUACAUAAAAAGAAAAUUUUGUUCUUAUGACCAUCUACAUGGCUUAUAAAACUUGUGGAUAUAACUCCUCUGAACAUACUGUUUUUUGUAUGAAAAGAAAAAGGAUAGGCUGUCCGCCGGAUUCUGUGAAUCUUGCAAUGAGUAUCAUAUGAAUACGUACGAAGAUGUAAUUCAGGAACAAAGCAAAACGGCGACGAGAAUCCAAUGUAAUAAGAUAAAUUUUCAAAAUGAAUAAAAUUAAACGAAUACUAAUAUUUCGCCCCGGCAUACAGGGCUUCAUCAGAGUAAAUGAAACGAAAGAGUGAAUGAAUUUAAAAUGUAAGAUGGUGAUGCCGGAUUGGGAGAUGUUGGAUGGAGUGAAUGCCGCGCAGCGGAGAAGAAAAGGGAUGAUGGAAGUGGGGGAGGGAAGGGUGGUGGGUCAUAGAAUAAAAGGGUAAAUUAAAUUGUAGUUGUAGGUCUCUUUUAAUUUUACUAGAACGUCUGUGGAAUAGUUUCUUAUUCAAAUUAUGACAUGAGUAACUAAUACUACAACAUAAAUGUUAAGUAAGGUGUUGGUACAAGCAUGAGAAAGUUGAAACCAUAAAAUGUUGAGGUGUCUUCUGAGUUCUGCUGCUGUUUGAUGAUGCUGCGCUAUUAGAAGUUCCAUUUGGUGUUGUGCAUAAAAGAAGGUAUUACGAUGCGAGAGGAAGUGAAGUUGUGAUUGUAGGGUGUAGUGACCAUUGUCAAGUGUUCGUGUGCAGUUUUAGAACUAAGCCGUUCGGUACUAUUUGCAUUGAUGAAUGCGUGCGGAUGAAGACCAGAUGAAGUCCAACUAAUUCAAAUUACUAACGCUUACCGUAAAAGCUCUAUUAAGCUCCCACUCUCUAUUGAGCCUACCUCUCUAUUAAGAACCCCCCUGUUUAGCCUUUGAUGUCAAACAUAGAAAUCAUGCGCAUUUAGUGGGUCGCUUGAAGAUCGCGUGCGUUAAAUACGGCCUAUGUAAAGACUAACUUGUGCGACUUAGUAGUCAAUCGAAAUUGGUUUUGAAGAUAUCAGAGGGGUAUCAAUUUAUCCUGGUGAUAUUGAUGAAGAUGAUGAUCUUAUAAUUGAUUGAUUAAACAGUGCGGUCGGAACGAAUUCAUAUUGGGGGAGGCUGCCCAUUGUUUUCCUUCUAAUUCACUACACUGUUAUAAAGGAAACAUACUACAGUUUGACAAUUAUUGGGGGGCUCCAGCCCCCCCCCCGGUUCCGACGGGCCUGUUAAACUUUCGAAGCUGCUAAAUAAAUGAGCCCUUAAUAGAGCUUUUAUGGUAAUAUGAUUUAAAUCAAAUUCAACUGACGUUGCAUACAUAUUCCUUGCAAAAAUCACAAGUAAUCGUACAAAUGAACCAUGAAAAUUCUGAGAUUUUUUUUAAUAUUCGUAAAGUUGGGGCUACAUUUGUAUGACAAAAUCUUAACAGCUAAAGGAAUCAUUUCAUUCUGUCAUUGGGACUUCUGAAGAGAGACAACUUGGCUUCAAAAAGGCUUCAAAAAUUUUCUUUUGAAAUUUCAGAUUUCACCAGGGUUGCCACCAGGGUUGCAAUAAGGAUCUCGUAAGAAACUCAAAUCACUCAAAUCUUUAAGAAGCUUUUAGUACUGGCUCAUAAAAAUAAAUUCAAGCUAACCAAUUCAAGUCGAGUCUUCAGGAUAUUUUUUAAGGACAUUAAAUGGGGGGAAUUCAAAAAAGGCCAACCAGGACAAGCAAAAUUUUGGCGAGCAUGGCCUCUAGAUUAGUUUAAAAUCGAUUUCAGAAUAUUUUUUGCAGUUAUUCUGUUGCAAUCGUUUAAAAAGUUGUAAAAUUUUGUUAUGUCUUACUAAUUGCUUUCACUAACUGGAAAGCUCGAGGGCCCCCUAGACCUCAAGGCCCAAGGCCAAUUUGCCAUCACCACCACAUUUCAGUAACCCUGGUUGUGAUCUUGCUGUUUGGUGUUACUAAAAGCAGAUCGGAUGGAAACAUUUUAGAUCAUGGCCCCAAAAUAUCACCCCUUUGUUCAUUUUGUAUAGCAUCUAAGCAAUUCAAGGGCAUUUUUUGGUUAUGCAGCUGGCAAAAAAGAGCAACUUGGUAAGCUACAAAGGAGCAUUUUACCUGAAUUUUCGAAAAGUGGGGGCAUAUACACUCUGUGUCCCCCGAUUCCUACGCCUUUGCUUGAAUUUAAGACAUUAUUAAUGCCUUUACUGAUAUAUCGAACAUCUGGAGUCAAAGUUGGCAGCAAUCUGAAAUCUCUUCAGCAUGAUCGUAAAGGUUAAAGAGAACUCAUCAACGAAAUCUUGUGUGUGGUCAAAUUGCUUGGCAAAUCGAUUAUCAGUUCUCAUUUAAAUGGAAAAUAUCGACUUUUCUCUUGCAUGUAGGUAACAAGAGAUAUAUGAAACCCAGAUUUCAUUAGAAUUCAAAAUAUUGAUAUGAACUGAUAAUUCUUGGAAAUCAAUUUCAUAAAAAUGGCACUUUGCUGCCCCCGCUGCCCCCGCUGCCCCCGUGACUCGGCGCCCUUGGGUCAUUGUCUACCUUGAAUAAUUCCACUUGACAAAAAGUAGAAACGUUAAGCGAUUUCAACUAUUUUUCAAG